CUUUGUCUUUCAGAAAUGUAGAUGGCAGCUGCUGUCUUUGAAGGAGUCGCACCCAUCUGACCCUGCGCAGCGCCUCCGAUUGCUACCAUGAUCUUCUGCAUGCUGCUGUUGGCCUCACUGCCUGAGCCAUCUGGCACCGAAGUCAACCCUGCUAUAUGCCGUUACCCUUUGGGUAUGCAUGAAGGGACGAUACGAGAUGAAGACAUCACUGCUUCCAGCCAGUGGUAUGAUUCCACAGGACCCCAGUAUGCACGGUUACAAAGGGAAGAGGGGGAUGGAGCCUGGUGCCCGGCUGGCUUGUUGCAACCAGAAGAUGUACAAUUCCUUCAAAUUGACCUGCACAAGCUCUUUUUCGUCACCUUGAUUGGGACUCAGGGACGGCAUGCCCGUGCCACAGGCAAAGAAUUUGCCCGUGCUUACCGCCUUGACUAUAGCCGCAAUGGAGAGCGCUGGAUCUCCUGGAAAGAUCGCCAGGGCAGGAAGGUGAUCCAAGGCAACAUCGAUACUUAUGACGUGGUCUUGAAAGAUCUUCGGCCUCCCAUCAUUGCACGCUUUAUCCGGGUGAUUCCUGUGACAGAGAUGCCGAUGACUGUCUGUAUGAGGGUGGAGCUCUAUGGCUGUGUGUGGUAUGAUGGUUUGGCAUCCUAUAGCAUCCCUGAAGGAGGGACAAUAGCGGCUCCUGGCUUCCCCAUCGUUUAUCUGAAUGACUCGACCUAUGAUGGCUACCAGGAGCGCAGGCACUUGUACGGUGGUCUGGGCCAGCUGACGGACGGAGUGCUGGGACUGGAUGACUUCACACAGAGCCACCAGUACCGCGUGUGGCCAGGCUAUGACUAUGUUGGCUGGAAGAAUGAGAGCUUCAGCACAGGCUCUGUUGAAAUGGAGUUCCAGUUUGACCGACCACGGAACUUCACCUCCAUGAAGGUGCAUUGUAACAACAUGUUUUCCAAGGGGGUGAAGAUCUUCCAGAAGGUGGAGUGUCUGUUCAAACCACGCCUGAUUGCAGACUGGGAGUCUGAACCUGUUGGGGUGGCAACUGUCUUAGAUGACAAAAACCCCAGCGCUAGGUUUGUGACUGUCCCCCUCAAUCAGCGUGUAGGUAAAGCCAUACUUUGCCGCUUCUACUUUGCUGACACCUGGAUGAUGAUGAGUGAGAUUUCCUUCCAGUCGGACAUGGAGAGCGUGAGCCCUAAUUUCGUUACGGUAGCCACAAGCACGGCGGAUCUCCUGGAAACAGAGUGCAACGUUACUGAGGGAACCUGGGAAACCACAUCUUCUGUAACCAGCACCUGGAUAGGAGAGAAAGCAGAUGACUCCAAUACCUCCAUCCUCGUGGGCUGCCUUGUGGCUAUUAUUCUUCUGCUCCUGAUGAUUAUCAUCAUUAUUCUUUGGAAGCAAUAUGUACAAAAAAGGUUGGAAAAGGCCCCACGUCGAAUCCUGGAGGAGGAUGCCACAGUUCGCCUCUCCUUCUACAGCUACACCAUUGCCAACAACCAGACCCAGAUCCACCAGUCAAAUCCCACCUAUGAACGUGCUUUCCCACUGGAUUUGGAAUAUCACCAGCCAGCUACCCUGCUCCAGAAGCUUCCAGAGCUCUCCCAAAGUGCAGAGGAUUCAGUGUGCAGCGGGGACUAUGCUGAGCCCGACCUGACCAAGUCCACUCCUCACCAAGGCUUUCAGAACAAUGUCCCUCACUACGCUGAAACAGAUAUCGUCCACCUGCAAGGUGUGACAGGCAACAACAUGUAUGCAGUGCCAGCCCUCACUGUGGAUUCGCUUACCAAGAAGGACAUCUCGGUGGGUGAAUUCCCGCGGCAGCAGCUACGACUCAAAGAGAAGCUGGGAGAAGGACAGUUUGGAGAGGUGCACCUUUGUGAAGCCGAUGGCCUGCUGGAAUUCCUGGGAGUCUCAUCUACAGAAUUCACUCACCAGCCGGUUCUCGUAGCAGUGAAAAUGCUGAGAUCAGAUGUCAACAAAACGGCCAGAAAUGAUUUCCUGAAGGAGAUCAAGAUCAUGUCACGGCUGAAGAACCCAAAUAUCAUCCGGCUUCUGGGGGUGUGUGUGCGUGAUGACCCACUGUGCAUGAUAACAGAGUACAUGGAAAAUGGAGACCUCAAUCAGUUCCUGUCACAGAGGGAGAUCUACAGCAAAUUUGCCAUUUCAAACAAUAUUCCCUGUGUCAGCUACUCUAACCUGCUGUACAUGGCCACCCAGAUUGCCUCGGGAAUGAAGUAUUUAGCAUCUCUGAAUUUUGUGCACAGAGAUCUGGCAACUCGCAACUGCUUGGUGGGGAACAACCACACCAUCAAGAUUGCAGACUUUGGCAUGAGCAGGAAUCUUUACAGUGGCGAUUACUACCGUAUCCAGGGAAGAGCCGUGCUGCCCAUUCGUUGGAUGGCCUGGGAAAGCAUCCUCCUGGGCAAGUUCACCACAGCCAGUGAUGUCUGGGCAUUUGGGGUCACCCUCUGGGAGAUGUUCAUACUGUGUAAGGAGCAACCUUACAGCCUCCUUUCAGAUGAGCAAGUCAUCGAGAACACAGGAGAGUUCUUCCGGAGCCAGGGCAGGCAGAUCUAUCUCUCCCAGACUCCUCUGUGUCCUAACCCUGUGUUUGACCUGAUGCUGAAAUGUUGGAGCAGGGAUAUAAAAGAUCGUCCCACUUUUGACAUGAUUCACCACUUCCUGCUAGAACAAAUGGAAUCGAACAUUUGACUCCAGAGAGAGAGACAAACUGUUGAGAACAGAGUGACUUUGGUGUCUCUUUGCCUGUACCUCACGGGAAGAUGGUCAGGCCACCUUGCUCUCCUCCCUUGACUGUACCGUAUUUAAGUUGAGACGUCCAUGGCAGCUGCUCAUUCUAUUGGCCAUGGUCUGACACACAGGACCAGAGGAUCUCAUUUGGUUGAAAAAUCAUCUCCUCUUCUGAAUCGUUUCCUGGGAAUACUGUGAGAGGGGUUUUAUCAUUUACCCGUACAGCUUUGGGCAAAACAAAUGAGUAAAACUUUGAGGGACUUGGAGCUCUCUCCUGGGUGGAAUAGAAAGCUGCCCGUCGGUGAGAGCGCUGCCCCUCCAGUACAGACUUCAGUCUUCUAACACUAUUCCAUUACAUCAGAUGGAAGUCUUGUGCACAUUAGCAAGUGUUUCCGUAUGCUCUUGCUGUGGGCGAUAGGUGUAGUGAGAGACUAGAAAUGUCUAGAGGUAGGAAAUGGUUUAAUGGACUUGAGAAGUGACGGAGCAUUUAGCAACCCUUUGGAAGUGAUGCUGCCAGGGUCUACGGAGGAUGCUGAUACAAGAGUCCAAGAUCAUGUUCUUUUUUCCUGUGGUUGUUAAGCACUGCUUUUGUUAUAUAUGUGCGUUUUCCCCACACUGGAUUUUUUUUUUCUAGAAGAAAAAUUUUUGAGAAUGAAUGUUAAAGGUCAUAGGAAGGUCACUGCGGUAGAAGAUCUUCUUUUGACCUACAAAUUAAGGCUAGGGUAGGGAUUUUGUAUUGAAAAGUAGCUGAUACUGUACUACUGUCACUAUGUAGAUUUAUUAGCCUAAUGAACUUGUAGCCACAAUGGACUGAUGUGCAAUUAAUCCUGUAUAAGUACCCAUUAAUAUGAGAUCUCUAAGUCAAUGCUGUUACAUGUGCAGAGGGAACUUGGGUUUGGUGAAACCGGAUGGCUGAGAGCAGAACCGGCUGUGUCACUUGUCGUAGCUCCCGCGCGAGGAAAAGGAGCGGAGUACGGGUCGUCCCCCGGCACGCGCGUGUGCCCGUGCGCCCAGGUCAGGUACCCACGUCCGGCAUCGGCGGGGCCCCUCCUCUCGG